AUGCCUACCCGUUUCUCGAAGACUCGCGCGCACCGAGGCCACGUCAGUGCCGGUCACGGCCGUGUUGGCAAGCACCGCAAGCACCCGGGUGGUCGUGGUCUCGCCGGUGGUCAGCACCACCACCGCACCAACUUCGACAAGUACCACCCUGGUUACUUCGGCAAGGUUGGUAUGCGCCACUACCACCUCCUGAAGAACCACUACCACUGCCCCACCAUCAACAUCGACAAGCUUAUCUCGCUUCCCGAGGCCCAGGCUGAGGUUCCCUCCGGGUCGGUUCCCGUGAUUGACCUUGUCAACCUCGGCAAGUUCAAGCUUCUCGGCAAGGGCAAGCUCGACCGCCCCUUCAUCGUCAAGACCCGCUUCGUCUCGAAGCAGGCCGAGCAGAAGAUCAAGGAGGCCGGUGGUGUCGUCAAGCUCGUUGCCUAA